AUGGUCAUGGCCGUGACAGUCCCCCAUCCACAGGCUGCCUUUUCUGCGUCUUCCUCGUCUUUCUUCGCAAAUCAAAGAGUCUCCAACAUCUUGUUAUUGAAAUCUCGAAGCAAGAACAUCCUUUCCAAUAACAGUACCAACCUACCAGCUUCCAUCUGCAAAGCUUCAUGGCAAGAGCUUGCUGGAGUGGUGAUAUUCUCAGCAAUUCCAUUCACGGCUGUGAAAGCCAUCGCCAAUAGCCCACUUGGAGAGUCUCUCCAGCGGAGAUUGGAAGAGAGGAAGAGACUUGCUGUUCAACAAUCUUCCAAUUUCAAAGCUUUAGCCCAAAAGGCCCGUAAAGAGAGCGUCUGGUAUGGAGAGGAGCGUCCUCGGUGGCUUGGCCCUAUUUCGUACCAGUACCCAACGUAUCUUAGUGGAGAACUACCUGGGGAUUAUGGCUUUGAUGUUGCAGGUCUGGCGAAGGAUCCAGUUGCUUUCCAGAGAUACUUCAACUUUGAAAUACUUCAUGCUCGUUGGGCUAUGCUUGCUGCUCUUGGUGCUCUGAUUCCAGAAGUAUUAGAUUUGUCGGGUGCCUUUCAUUUCAUCGAGCCUGUAUGGUGGCGAGUUGGCUAUUCAAAGCUUAAGGGAGAUACACUGGACUACCUUGGCAUCCCCGGACUCCACUUAGCCGGAAGCCAAGGAGUGAUUGUAAUUGCUUUUUGUCAAGCCAUACUAAUGGUUGGACCGGAGUAUGCAAGAUAUUGUGGAAUAGAGGCUUUGGAGCCUCUGGGAAUUUACUUGCCUGGUGAUAUCAAUUACCCAGGAGGAAUACUGUUCGAUCCCUUGAACCUCUCCAAAGACCCUGUAUCUUUUGAGGAGUUGAAGGUAAAAGAAAUUAAAAAUGGGCGCCUGGCAAUGGUUGCCUGGCUAGGCUUUUACAGCCAGGCAGCUUUGACUGGAAAAGGCCCUAUUCAGAAUCUGCUGGAGCACAUAUCUGAUCCACUUCACAAUAAUCUGCUUUCCACCCUUAAGUUGCUGUAA